AAUGAUUUCAUCAUUUAUGUAUGUUGCGUGUGUGUGGAUACGACGUUUUUUUCUGUUUUUUUGUCAUAUCAAACCAAAACAAUCAAUUUUUGAUGAUAGCAGUCACCGUCUCUCUGUUCUCUUGGUUUGCUAAUAUUGCGUAAAAUCGAAAAUUAACAUUUUCUAUUUUCUUGCCUGUGUGUAAACCAAACAUAUCAAUUUUGUUUUGGCCAUCAUUUAGUUAAUUUGUGUUUUUCUAAAUUGAUAUUUUUUUAUAAAUUAUAUAACCAUCAGUUGAAAUUUUUAUCACCAAGGUGAAGAAGAAUUUCACACAUUUAAAGCAAUAAAUAUUUGGUUGAUUCAGAAGCAAUUCUCAACAAAAACGAAAACAGCUCGAAUUGGCUUCUGUGUGGCAAUCAUUUUCAUGUGACCAAUAAUCACGAGAUAAGAUGAAUGAAAUUAUCAAAAAGAAACUUAUCAAAUUUUAGACCAUCAAAAAAAGUAAAACAAAAAAUGAAUGUUUUAUUUUGGCCACUAUUUUUGGCCAUUAUCCUUGACCAUCAUCAAUCGACAAGAAUUUCCUGUUUUGAUUUCGAAUUUAUAGAACCAAAAAUUGAACAAUUUAAUAAUAAUGAACAAUUAAUAAUUAAAUUUACUGCCUUUAACAAAAAUUUUACUAUCGAUCUCAUAAGAAAUCAUUUUAUUGCCGAUAAUUAUCAUGAAUUACCACGUCAGGAUAAUUAUGAAACAAAAAAACAUUGUCAUUACAAAGGAAAUGUUAAUAAUGGACAACAACAAUCAUCAUCUUCCUUUGCUGCCAUAUCAUUCUGUGAUAAUCAUUUAAAUGGAAUUUUUAUUUUGAAUGAUUUACAAUAUCAUUUACAACAACAUGAAUCGACAAAAGUUAAAAUAUUUUUUGAGAAUAAUUCAUUAUCCACAAUCAAUUCAUAUCAUCAUUGUGGUUUUGAUGGUGAUAAUAAUAACAACAAUACAAUUAUAUCAACAGACAUCAUUUCCUCUAAACGACGACGAUCACGGAGAGCUUUACAUGUUAAAAAUACGAAAUUAUUUCAACAACGACGUUAUGUUGAAAUGGUUUUGGUCAACGAUCUCACAUUGUAUGAAAAAUAUAAAGGAAAAUUGCCAUUUUUAUUCGAAAGAAAUGUUCAGAUUGCCAAUUUUGUUAAUGCAUUGUAUAAUCAAUUCAAUAUAUCGAUAAUAUUGGUUGGUGUUGUCGUAUGGACCAAACAAAAUGAAAUUGAAUUAAGUAGUAAUAGUAGUGAAACAUUGAAUAAUUUUCUUAAAUAUCGUCGUGAUAAAUUAAUGAGCCAAUUUCCAAAUGAUAAUGCUCAAUUAAUAACAGCAUCACCAUUUGAACAUGGUAUCGUUGGAAAAGCCUUAAAACAGACUAUGUGUACUUAUGAAUAUUCCGGUGGAGUUAAUCAUGAUUAUCAUGAGAACAUCACUUUUAUUGCAACAACAAUCGCUCAUGAAUUGGGUCAUAAUUUCGGUAUGGAACAUGAUAAUGAUAGUUGUGAUUGUGAAGCAACCAAUUGUAUAAUGGGUCCAUCAUCAUCAUAUCCACAUCCUCGUCAUUGGUCAAGUUGUUCAAUUGCACAGUUGGAACAAUCCCUUGAACAUGGAUUAGAUUAUUGUCUAAUGAAUAAGCCGACUAAUAUUUUCCGAUCAAGUUGUGGUAAUGGUAUCAUUGAGGAUGGUGAAGAUUGUGAUUGUGGUUUGCGUGAUUUUUGUACAAACAAAUGUUGUAAUGCUACUACCUGUAAAUUAAUGAACAAUGCUAAAUGUUCGGAUGGUGUCUGUUGUGAUAAAUCAACAUGCCAAAUAAUUGAUCAGCAUUCAAAAUUUAUUUGUCGUCAUUCGAAAUCAAAGUGUGACCAAGCCGAAUUUUGUGAUGGUCAAACAGAAAAUUGUCCUGUUGAUCGAUUUGUUCCGGAUGGUACUGUAUGUGAAGAAGGAUAUGCAUAUUGUUUUCAAGGAAAAUGUGAAACCAGAAAAAAUCGUUGCCAUUUAUUAUGGGGCAAUGAAAGUCGAGUUUCUCAUUAUCGAUGUUACCAGAAUAAUGCUAAUGCUAAUAGUAGUGGUAAUUGUGGUUAUGAUAAAAAAACUAAAACAUUUAUUGGUUGUCGUAAAAAAGAUGAUAUAAUCUGUGGUCGAUUACAUUGUACUAAUGGGGAUAAUAAUCCUCAAUUAACAUUGAAAUAUGGACCCGAAGGUUCAACGGUUAUAUCGCAGAAAUUCGAAUCAAUUCAUGAAGUGAAAACCUGUUUUUCGGCUAUGGUUGAUCUUGGCUUGAAUGAAGAUGAUGUUGGACUUGUUCCUAAUGGUGCAAAUUGUGGUCUCGAUCGAAUGUGUGUUCACCAAUCAUGUGUUUCAGUGAAAGAAUAUCAAAAUUCACAUUGUGAUCGUCAUCCAGAUGAUGAUGAAUGUCAUCCGCCAUCACAAUCAGCAAACAAAUUUUUAAUAUUCACCUAUUUUAUCAUAUCAUUAUUAUCAAUCAUAUUGUUGGUAUGGUUGUUCUUCAAACAUAAACCUAUUCAAAUUCCAAAAAAUUGGUUUGGACAAAAAUCAUUUAUCGCUAAAGAUUAUAAUAAUCGUCGACCAAAAAAGAAUCCAAUCAAUCGAAACAUAUCAGUUCCGAUUGAAACCGAAUUAUCCGUACGACCUGUUCGACCAGCACCCCCAAUUCCAAAACCAAACAUAUCCAAAAAUCUUCCAAUGAAUGGUAUGAUGGCCAAUAAUUCGAUUCCGAUAUCUCGUGAUACAGCAAAUAUCAAACAAAAUCCUCAAAUAUCAAAUCGAAAUGAGAUCAUCAAUAAUUCAACAAAUCAACUAACCCGACCAAAAAGAUCUCCACCGAAAGCUCCCCCACCACCACCACCACCACCACCAACAUCAUCAUCAAAUAAAGUCAAAAAUUUGGUUGCGACAUUUGAAAAUCAUUAAAUUUUAAACGAUUUUGUUUUUUUAUUA